AAGGACAUGUGUAGAAGCAGGUAACCAACACAGGUUAUUUUAUCUCACUCAAACUGACAAACUGGCCAACAGAAAUCAGCUGAGGUUGUAGUUGUAGACAGAAUGUUGAAAGAAGCAUUCAUUCUCGCAUCGCUUUUGACAGUUUGGUCGUUGUGCGGAACUUUCUUCGAGAGGGGGGUCGUCGCACAACCAGCUCCAACCGGGGACAACGCCAACACCAACCUUGAAGACAAAUAUUAUUACGAAGAUUCCUACGAUUAUUAUGAAACUGAAGAGCCCGCACAAGUGGAUGCGGCGUCAUUUGACCUUUCCGAAUUGGUGACGGCUUGGAAGGAGUACAUCAAAGACAAAAAUCCACCCACUAGCGAGAAAGCGCCCCCAUCACGUCGGAAACAACGGCCUCGACCACAACAGCAGCAACAACGACAACGACAACAACAGCAACGACGAAGGCAACAAGAGCGUCGUCGCGAACAACAACGCAAACAACAGCAACAACAAGAAGAAGAAGACGCCUAUUACUACGAUGAGUAUGAGCCUUUUGAGCCGGUUGAGCCCGAAUACCAAUGUCCUCCCAGAUCCGAAUCAUAUCGUAAUCCAGAUCCGGUCCAGUGUGAUAAAUACUACGAGUGCAAUAUCAAAGGCGAGGAAAAAGAGGAGCUAUGCCCUGAUGGGUUUGCCUUUGAUAUCAAAAGCGAAAACUGCGAUUACCCCACAAAAGUGAACUGCACUGGCCGACCAGAACUGCAAACACCACAGCCUUCAAAGAAUUGUCCAAGAGCCAAUGGAUUCUUUGCUUUUCCUGCCAAUGAAUCAUGCCAAAAAUUUUGGGACUGUAGAGGAGGCAUGUCCUAUCUGCAAGUGUGUCCGCAGGGUGUGAUAUUUGAUCCUAAUAUUGAUGCCUGCACAACCCCUGACCAAUCCAAUCGCCCAGAAUGUGCGGCGGGGAAAUUCCUCGGAUUUGAAUGUCCACAAUAUGACCUCGAAGAAGAACUGCGUUUUGGCAACCACGACCGAUUGCCUCAUCCCCUAGAUUGUCAAAAGUUCUUCACAUGCCUCAGAGAUGGUCAGCCGAGAUUAGGAGCCUGUCCUCGAAAGAAGGUGUUCAAUCACGAGACUGGUCAUUGCUCGGAUCCAAAAAUUGUCCCGGGAUGCGAGACAUUCUGGGAGGAAAAGCUGGCCACUGAAGAGGACUAUCCAGAAUACUAUUAACCUUAUAUCCUUAUGGCGAAAUGAGUCACUCCCCCUGAAUUUCCAACAAUCGACCAGUGUUUGUGUGAGGCCCUCACAGUUUCACACUGACUCUUUCGUGAGGGAAGAAUGAGAACAAGGAAACAAAAACACUUUGUUUCAUGACUAUCAACCAUUGAACGUAUUUGUUUCAAAGCAACCUGGAUGGAUCAGACACUUUACAAAUAUACGAUAUUACAUAUUUUGAGACCAAAGUAAAUUUAUGAAUAAAACAAGUGGUUUCGUGAA